ACGACACGAUGAGAACCAAACCAAUCCGACGUUUGGAGUUGUUUAAUAAAUAUUCCCUUCCACGUACUGUUUACAAUAGCAAUUUCGCCAUCAUCAGUGAAGCUGGAAGCUGCAUGCCGACUGCGGUGCGGUCAUCUGCUGUUGCUCUCGAGGAAUCAAACGAGAAACACACAAUCCUGUGAAAGAUGGGUAUUCUGUGGUUUGUUGUGAUCUGCAUCUUAUCUCUGAUUAUUUGGGGCUUGCUCCUCUACCCAAGACAAACCUACAUCAGUUUAGUCACACUUCCCCGAGAUGCAUUUGGAAUGUACAAAUACGCCACCACCAUGUUAUUCUCCCUCUACUGCAAGAGGAACAACAUGACGGCAUCAAAAUAUUUUGACAUGGUUGUGACGAAGAAAAGAAUGCAGACCUGCUUCAUGUACGAGGAUGAAGUUUGGACGUUUAAACGAGUGCAAGAAGAGAGUCUCAAAAUUGCAAAAUACUUCAAAAAUGCUGGUUACAAGAAGGGCGAUGUUGUUGGAUUAUUUAUGGAAAGCCGGCCAGAAUAUGUUUGCAUUUGGUUGGGGCUUGGCAGGCUCGGGGUCGCCACCAGUCUACUAAACUACAAUUUGAGACUCGACUCGUUAUCACAUUGCAUAAAGAUCUCGAACGUAAAAGGUCUCAUUUUUGGAACAGAAUUGACCGGAGCUAUCCAAGAAUUGGUCGAUUCUGGAAAUAACAAUGACCUACAUUUAUACUCAAUGGAGGACAGAUCUCCACCAAAGAAACGACUAACUCAGUCUCAUGUCAAUCUAACCCAGGAACUGAACUUGAUUGAUAAAACUGAUCUAGACAAGGAAUAUUUCGGCCAGGUGAAUAAUAAUGAUGUUGCAUUCUACAUUUUUACGUCAGGCACAACAGGGCUUGCGAAAGCUGCAAAGAUGAAGUAUAGUCGUUUGUUCACCUUUGGUGCCGUUGUCCAGCCUCUGUGCCUAAAUCCUGCUAAGGACAUUCUGCUCACUGCAAUUCCGUUGUAUCACGUUCAAGGCGGAAUACUGGGUGUGACAUGUGCCCUAUUUCACGGCGUACCUCAAGUCAUCAUUAGAAAGUUUUCAGCAUCCAACUUUUGGAAGCAGUGUAUUAAAUAUGAUGCGACUUAUUGUCAAUAUUUGGGCGAAAUUAUGAGAUAUCUCUAUAAUCAACCCGAAAAGCCAGAGGAUAGGAUGCACAAAGUAAAAGUAUUGUAUGGGAAUGGAGCAAAUCCUGCAAUUUGGGAGAAAUUUGUCAAAAGGUUCGGGGUCAAAAUUAUUGAAAUGUACGGCAGCACCGAAGGGAACUGCAGUAUAAUGAAUCUGGAAGGUCACAUCGGCGCAGUGGGAUAUCUGCCGAAUCUUUUAUACUCCGUCCUACCAGUCUUCCUUGGUCGAGUGGAUCAUACUACCGGGGAGAUGGUCAGAGAUUCUACAACUGGUCGAAUUCAACAUGUUGAGCAUGGGGAGGCAGGGGAAUUGCUUGGCAAAAUUGUGAUGUCGAAUCCCUUCAGGGAAUUUGAAGGGUACACGGAUGAACAAGCUACACGAAAAAAGAUUGUAGAUAGCGUGAGAAGAAAGGGAGAUCGGUGGUUUAGGACCGGCGAUAUUCUCAUGAGAGAUGAAUUUGGCUACUUUUACUUCAAGGACAGAACAGGGGAUACUUUUAAAUGGAAAGGAGAAAACGUAUCCACGGCAGAAGUAGAACAAGUCAUCGCCAAAGCGUCCGGUUAUAAAGGGGUCGCUGUUUACGGGGUUGAAGUUCCAGGGACGGAUGGAAAAUGCGGCAUGGCCACGGUAUCCGACCCCAGUGGCAAGUUGGACAUUGGAAAACUAUCCGACACCGUGUUAAAUUAUUUGCCCCCGUAUGCUCGACCAGUUUUUAUGCGGAUUUGUGGAAAAGAUUUAGAAAUGACGGGUACUUUCAAAUUACUAAAGGUGCAGUUACAGAAGGAAGGAUUUGACCCGAAUAUUGUAACCGAUGCGUUGUACAUUUUACAGAAAGAGGGGUACAUUGCAUUUAACCAUAUUUUAUACAAGGGAAUAAUAGAAGGAAGUGUUAGAGUUUAAUUCGUAAAAAUUCUAACUGCACAUAAAGAAUAAAAUUAAACAAAAAUUGAA